CAGACCCCGCGAGAAGAGAUGACCAUGACCACCAUGCCAGAAAGUCUCAACAGCCCCGUGUCGGGCAAGGCGGUGUUUAUGGAGUUUGGGCCGCCCAGCCAGCAAAUGUCUCCUUCUCCCAUGUCCCACGGGCACUACUCCAUGCACUGUUUACACUCGGCGGGCCACACGCAGCCCGACGGUGCCUACAGCUCGGCCUCGUCCUUCUCCCGACCACUGGGCUACCCCUACGUCAACUCGGUCAGCAGCCACGCGUCCAGCCCCUACAUCAGUUCGGUGCAGUCCUACCCCGGCAGCGCCAGCCUCGCCCAGAGCCGCCUGGAGGACCCAGGGGCCGACUCCGAGAAGAGCACGGUGGUGGAAGGCGGUGAAGUGCGCUUCAAUGGCAAAGGAAAAAAAAUCCGCAAACCCAGGACAAUUUACUCCAGUUUGCAGUUGCAGGCUUUGAACCGGAGGUUCCAGCAAACUCAAUACUUGGCUCUGCCUGAGAGGGCGGAGCUGGCGGCCUCCUUGGGACUCACGCAGACUCAGGUCAAGAUCUGGUUCCAGAACAAGCGCUCCAAGUUCAAGAAGCUGAUGAAGCAGGGCGGAGCGGCCCUGGAGGGCAGCGCGCUGGCCAAUGGCAGGGCGCUGUCCGCCGGCUCCCCACCCGUGCCUCCGGGCUGGAACCCUAACUCUUCAACCGGGAAAGGCUCAGGCAGCAGCGCGGGCUCCUACAUCCCCAGCUACACGUCGUGGUAUCCUUCAGCGCACCAAGAAGCUAUGCAGCAGCCCCAACUUAUGUGAAGUUGCCCGCUGGCACCUGCCCGCCUCCUUCCCAUCUCCCUCCGCCCAGGCCCCUCCUGUCUCCAGGUCCCUGGAUCCCGACUGUGUGCCCUGGGCCUGGUGAAAAAGGGCCCAGAGGGAAGGAAGGGACAGUGAAAAGGCAGGUCACUUGCCUCCUCAGAAGCCCUCGAGGUCCGACCCAGCAACUCCCCAGAGCCGGUGCUCUUGCCCGAACCCUGGCCUGAGCCACUCGGGGUGACAGCAGAGUGGCCUUGAAGUGCAGGCAUAGUCACCCAAGACAGCGAGCAGCAAGACAACCCGGCUCACCUGACCUGCCGCCCGCCCCUCAGCUUUGUGGGACUAUCAGGAAAACAAACAAUGUAGAAAAAGCAAAAGCUCUUUUCUGUCCUGUCUCGUCUCCUUUUGCGCUAAGUCGAGGUCUUCGUCUGUCUGCUGUUCUCAUCCUGAGGCCUCUGCAAAAAGUCACCAUGUCUGAGCCACAAGCGGUCUGCUGGGCCGCCCAUCUCCCAAUCCUGGACGUUUUAUCCUUUCAGGCCUCCUGGACCCUGUCUGACCAUCUGUGUAGCCUAUUCGGGAACUGGGGGAAAUUGGAGGGAGGGGGUUUUAUUUAUUGAAAAAUGGACUUUGGCUGAGGUUGGUUCUGUGGUGUGCGGAGAGCACACCGUCCAGACGCACUGUUUACCUUGAAGGCACCCGGAAAAAACGAACAAGGAGGACUAAACAUUUUUACCUUACACAUUAACUUUUGUACUUCACUGGUAUGGAGUUGUUGAAGCCCAAUGAGUUGCAUUUUUUUACAUGUCCCAUAUUAUUAGAAAUAAUAACAAGAGAGAGACAUGAAGCCAACGCGGUUUUGUCAUCUUGAAAGGAAAGUUUGGUUGCUUUGCCUGGCCAAGAAGGAAUAAUUCUAGUCUGGGUAAAAAGAGAGAGGAUCCAUGCGAAGCAGAGAGAAAACAGGCAGGGGACAAGCAAGCAGCCCCAAUUCCAGUGGGCUUUAAAGUAAGACAAAAGCAGCUUUACAACUAUCCCGGAGGUUCUACCACAGAAAAAUGCCAGUCCACCCUGAAAGCACAGUCUCCAUUGCAGGAGCUAUUGGCUGUAUAUAUAAUUAUUAUUGUUAUUAUUAUUGUUCUGUAAACAUGUUGCACAAGCUUAGCCUUUUUCCGUUCUGUUGUGUGUGGCGGUAAAACCCGAUGCUUUGUGAAAUAAGAAUCUUGACAUUUUACUUGUGAAAUUUGGAAAAUGUGACCAAUUGAAAUCAACUGUGUUUUGUGUUCUCUAUGUCAAAGUUUAGUUUUAUAUUGAGAAUGUUAACUUAUUGCUUUGUAUCUUGGGGGGGAAAGAACUUUGUAAAUAAGUUAUAAAGUUUCUUUGAGACAGUAAAAUUAUGGUUUCAAGAAAGAA